UGAUCAUCCACCAACCAUGAGAGACGCUUCAACUGAUCUACUUCAGAAACCGGUGAUUUAUCUUGAGAAGCUGGAGAAACUUCCUGCCGUUAAACAUAUUCACCAUUUCGAAAGCACAAAGGGCUCAGAUGAAUGGAACAGGCUGAUGAAGCUUGCAGAGGAGAACUGCACCAGUCAAACCGUCCUGAAGUGGCUGAGAGAAAACUCCUUCGCCAAACUGGUAGACAUGUUUAAAUUCUUUAAAAAACACAUAGAUGAGGAGGAGAAGAAGAACCACAGCAACACUGUGGACAUCACCUUUUUAUCUCAUGGAUGUAUCAGAGACUUCAUGAUCCCAGCCAGCUGCCUGCUGCCUCUGGCCUCCAUCAGGGACGUGGUUCUCUACGCUCCCUGGAACUGUGUCUCUGGGGGUGCAGAGAUAACAUACGCUAUCGCUACAGGAAAACUGAAGCCUCAGCAUAGAGUUUUCUACUGCACCAAGAAGGAUGGAUGUCCAGUUCCUGAUGAAAAACAUCGACCCAUUAAACUACCGGACCGCUGGAACUCAAUGAGGCAGGCUGGAGACCAGAUGAUCCCAAACAUCUCAGUUAGUCCUCUACGACCAGACGAUAAAAUCUGGAAAAGCUUUGAGUCUCUCACUAAAAAAUAUGGUCCUAUUGGAAGAAACCGGAUCAUCAUCCCCUUCAUCCUCCCAGGAGAAGAAUCAGACAGUGUCCCGUUCUCUGUGGUCACCUUGGCCCUGUCUCUGGUUCUGCUGCAGCCCAGGUUCAGAGCCACCGUCCACCUGGACGCCUGUCUGACUGACCUCUCUACUGGACAGAAGUUUGACAGAGAAUAUCUGGAGAAGCAGUACGCCUACGCUGCUGAUGGCACUGGAAUGAAAUGUUCUAACAUCUUCAGUUUCUUAAAUAGAAUCAUUCAGUGGAUUCAAGAAAAGACAAAACCUUUUUUUCAGGUUAUCAGGCGCUUCCUGAAAUAUCUCUCUUUUUCAAUAUUUAAUUAAUUCGAAAAUAUCUGGACACAAUGAAGCAGACAAGUAGAUUAUUUACUUUUACAAGUGUUUUGAAGAAACAGAUAGAAACAGAGAAAGUUCUAGCAGUAAAAUAAAAGAACCAGCUAUGAACCGUCACAUAUGUUUGUAGCUUCAUGAUGGUGAAGACGCUAAAGGAGAAGAGAAGGACCAACGGUAUCAAAAGCAAUUCUGAGAUUAAGGUGAAAAAGGACAGGUUUGAUGUUUUUAAGUCGUUUAUCACUCUAAUAUGUUUGUGUGAUGUGGGUUAGUUUCUAAACUGGAUUAACGAGAAUCAUAUGGAACAGGUUUCGGAUUAAAUACAUAUGGAGUUGACUAUGUUCAACUGUUCCUAAUUAAAGCUUUUUACUAACAUUUUCAGCUUAAAUCUGACUGUUUUCUAACUUUCAUAAAUCCUCAAUAAUUCACAUCAUCGCAUUUCCUGUAUCAACUUUUCCGUAAGGUAGGAAAAGGCUGUGUCUGGAUCCUAAAUAUGAAGAAAACAUUUUGAAGAACAGACAGUUUCCACCUCCGGUGUUCACAAUUUUAGGAUAAUAGCUGCACACAAAAAAACAACACUCCUGGAUUGAACUUUCAAGGUUCCACUGUCCUUAAAUAAUUAACUUUUUCACAUGAUUUAUCAAUCAAAACCUGAUAUCCCAUUAAACUUAUGUUAUUGUUAAUUCAGGGGGACUAGAUCUGUGUGCUGUGCGAGUGGCCGGUGUUGGGAUUUCUUCACGAUUGAGUGUCUGUUCACAAGUGUUUGGGGUGAUUUAUUUGGAUUUAUUCAUUUGUUUUAAAUACCAGUUCUCCAUAUUUGGACUGCCCCCCACCCCUCCCUCGCUGGUAAGCCUCAGUACUGUUCACUUCCCUUCUCAUUGUGUUCCUGAAAUUUUAAUUGUCUUUUAAAAUCAUGGAACAAUAAAGUGCUUUUUUGUGCAAUAAAGUCUUGUACUCAUUGGUGACAAACCUUAAGUG